AUGAAAUACGGCGAACAACUCGAGCAGGAAUCCGUUCCCGAAUGGAGUCUACAUAACGUCGAUUACAACUCUCUCAAGCACGAGAUCAAAGUCCACACGACCCGCGACCAGGCCACCGCCAUCGCAAUCCCCGGUCACCAAGAUGCCGCCCUCAAGAGGUUCGAGGACAAUCUCUACAACGAGCUUUGCCAGCAGCACGACCGCGUCGAUCUUUUCGUAACGAGCAAGGCCGACGAGAUCACCCGGCGCCUCCAGCAUGUAUCCGACCAAGUCCAGAAGUUGAUCGUCAAAUGCGCCGAAGACGGUGAUCGUAUCUCCCUUAAGCGGCAUCGCCGGUUUGCCAAGUAUGAGAGAGACCUGCUACGCUGCGGAGAGGAUAUAUUGGCACUCGCCCGCUUCAUCAAUGCCCAGAUUGUCGCUUUUCGCAAGAUCACAAAGAAGUACAAGAAAUGGACAGGGUCACCCACGCUCGGCGCGCGGUUCCGCGAAAACGUACUUGCUAACCCCAAGAGUUUCACCCGUCGAGACUUCAACCAACUCCAAACCCGUUACGAAGAACUGCUCAACACCCUUCGCACUUCCACACCGCAGCUGAGCGAGCCUAGUUCGCCUUCAUCCGACGAGCAGCCAAACAUGUCCCGCCGAGGCUCCGGUAACGAGUUUUUUUCUCCGCUGCCGCCGCCGCAGCAAACACACCGUCAACAAAACCAGCCGCAGCAGCACUACUGGAACGAAUAUGACGAUGGAAGUGAAGCAGGAGGCCCGGAGGACGAGUACGCCAUUUACAUCAACCCCGACGACGACAUGAGCUUUCCCGGAUUGGACUCGAUGCGUGCGAUCCUCGCGGCACCCUUCCGUCACGCCAGGACCUGGUUCUCGCGGCGGCAGUCCCCUGAGGGACAACGGCUCUUGGGGGGCAACGGUCCCUUGUUGGAAAGCUAUGGCGGAAUCUCACCCCUGGGCACUGAUACGGACGACGAGUAUGCCAGCUCAGAUGGCAUUCCGACAUCGGGCUACGCCGCGCAUUACGCCGCGUUGCCAAGCAUUAACGAGCAGCAAGUGAGGUUGUACCGUGAACGGGUUCUCUUCUGGAGCACCAUUGGCUGCUUCGGCGUGUCCUUCCUAUUGCUUCUCGUUGCCAGCAUUCUCAUCUCCACGGGCCGCCAUAAGCUCCGCGCCGAGGUCGACGCUGGCGUUACGGUCGGUGUCGUCGCUUCCCUCUUUAGCGGUUGCAUCGGUCUGGGGAUGACCAUCUACCGACGGGACCCAAUCGGCAUCUGGCAGCGUGUGGCCGUGUAUACCACCUUCAUCACGUCGUGCGUGCUCAACGGCAUGCUCCUAAUUCUCGUGGUGGGGAACGCGGCAUAA